CGUGCCAUAAGUUGCAUUUGGUAGCUUGGUGUCGCCGGCCCAAAAUGAAAAUUCUUAAUUUCGUGCUCCCCCUAAUUUUUUUAUGUUUGAAAUUGUGUGAAAGCAAGCCUAAAAUUCAAAAUGCAUUGAUGUAUCUUUCACAAUAUGGCUACUUGGAACCUAAUGCUAUGGGUAAUAGCUCAUUGGUAAAUGCAAAAACGUUCAAGAAAAGUUUGAAAGAAUUUCAAUCAUUCGCAGGAAUACCUAGAACUGGAAAACUGGAUAAACUCACAUUGGAAGUAAUGAGCUCGCCAAGAUGUGGUAUUGGAGACAAGGUUGGCACUCCUGGAAGGACGAAACGAUAUGUGACACAGGGGAGCAAGUGGCGUAGCAAAAGUCUCACCUAUAAGAUAACGAAGUAUACGAAUAGCCUUGGACGUGAAGAGGUAGACAAAGCGAUACAAGACGCCUUCAACUUAUGGUCGAAAUACACAGAUUUGACAUUCGAACGGUCAGACAGAGGUAAGAUAGACAUCAGGUUCGAAGAGAGAAAUCACGGUGAUAACAGCGCCUUUGAUGGACCAGGAGGAGUAUUAGCUCAUGCCUACUUUCCUCAAUUUGGCGGUGCUACCCACUUCGACGACUCUGAACCAUGGAUUAUUGGAGCUGGCUCAGGCAUAAAUUUGUACCAGGUAGCAGCUCAUGAAUUCGGUCAUGCUCUUGGCCUCAGCCACUCUCAAGUAAAUGCUGCUCUUAUGGCACCAUUCUACAAGAGACAGUGGAACAACGAUCUUGAUCGAGAUGAUAUAACUGGAAUCCAGAAAUUAUAUGGAGGAAAAGGAGGUGGAACCGAUCCAGCUCCUCCACCAGAACCAGCUCCUCCAGAAGAACCAGCUCCUCCACAAGAACCAGCUCCUCGUCCUCGAAUUCCAGGAUUUCCAGGUUUUCCGGGAUUUCCAGGUUUUCCAGUUUUUCCUGGUUUUCCGAGAACACCUCGGUUCUUUCCCGGAUUUCCACGCCAUUAUCCUGGAUUUCCUAUUCACCGUCGUGUUUUCAGGGUUAACUUUUGAAGUCGCGGGAAAAUAUACACAAAAAUACAAAAAUUGUAAUUAGGUGGUUUUUGAAUAAAAUUUAUGAGAA